GGCCUCCUCGUCCAUUCGACCUAAGAACCUCCAGGAAGCUAACGACCGAAUCUCUCAUCUCCCUGGAAACCUCGAAUCAACACCAUCAUUCGACUUCUCGCACUAUCGACUGUACUUCGCCGGAUGAAGUUUUUUAUGCGACACUCGAAUCCUACACAACAUCCGCCCUCUCGAUAAAUGACAUGACUCGAGAUAUUAAAGGCUUCCGCGAUGGUCACGAUCCUGCCUCCGAAGAUGAGGUCUACGCAGCCUUGUGGGCAACGGCUCCUUUCCCCCGACUUCCUGAAGAUGCGCCCGAUGAAUUGAAGAAUUUCAUUGUCGAUGUGGAGGAUCCAAAGCGCUUGUAUACCAUUCAUUGCGCGGCAAGGCGACACCAGUUCCAGCUACUAGUAGAGAGGUGAUAAUACCGCAGAGAUGCCUCCGCCUUACCAUUGGGAACUCGCUAACGGGUUGGCAGGUACAUUUUCCAGAUAAGAUAUGGUUGCAAAGUCAAAACUUGCAGUACUACCACCUGUUUCUCUUGUCGCAAACGUCUGGCAGCUGGUGCGCCGGUUCGAAGAUACAAUGCCACAAGUGCUCGCACGCUUGCGAUAUAUAUGGCGAGCCAGGAUAAUCCAGAUCAAGGGCUUUGCCAUCAUCCCAGCGCAGACAGACCUCCUCCAAAGACGCCCAAUCCUCAUAAAUCGUGGAAGGAUGCAAGCAGUGAGACUGUGGAUUCUACAUCAAAUGGCUCAAGUAGAAGGCGCAACGAGAGUGACGAGCGAGGAACGAACAAUAAAUCACGAGAAAUUUCGAGUAUCAGCGCGCGCGCCAGACCUACAACGUCAACUGCUGGCACAGAUGGGCGUCCUAAGGGCCAGAAGAGGAGUUUGGAGAUUGCACCUUAUGAAGAGCCAACACCCAUAGACCACCGCUCUUUUGUCCAAAAUGUCUUUGGCACUGUAGCUUUCAAGAUGGUUGAAUGGCUCACUCCAAGCAAUAUGGAAGCAUUAUCUCGACCAGAUGAGGAGGAACGAGAGGUGGUCUCGCAACCUGGAGGGCCAACCAAUUCCACAGCCAACCCCGUAACGGAAGUCGUGGCUAUACCCUUGCCAGUCCCCAAACCACAAAUAAAACCCGAUACUCAUCCAUCAAACAACAAUCAGGGCCCUGAAGCAACGACUUUCUCACCACCCAAAUCAUGUAACAAUGAACAUAAAUCUCGCCCAAUUGCUGAUUCAAAAACUGUUGCCAACUCGCUUACGCGACGGAACUCCAAACUAAACGGUGGUAGAAGACAUGAAGCACACGAACCUCAGAAUCCCAAGGGCAUCCUAAAUUUAUCAUCAAGGACAAAUGACACCCCUGAAAUGAUAGAUUUGCAGCAAUUUCAACCUCCGCGAACGAAGCGUACUCUCUCCACAUCUCGAAAAACACUCAUCACAAACCCUAUGCUGCAUAUGCCCGAGCGAGAACUCUCAUCGGUCCUGAAAACCGCCACUAUUAAACUCUUGCCAGAAGUGAAGAAGGAUUCCAUCAAGGAUGAAGCCAUUGACCAUGUAAGACGAGACUCGCAUUUGGCCACAAAAGGCGCUGUGAAGAAACUUACCAGAGAAACCCCAAUCCCGGACUCUUUGCCGGUCGAAGACAAGAUCCUUCCCCAGUCACUCUCGCUUCUCCCAAUUGAUCUUCUGAACUUUUUAUGCGAUACCUUACAGUCUCACGGAACGUUGGAAAAGCACGAUUUGCACCCUGCGGAAAUUUCGCAGCCUUUAAUGAGGUGGCUCAAUAACAGCAGCUCAUAUAAACAAGGGCGAGGGUCCGCAUCAAGAAAUGGGUCAAAUUAUUCGAAUUCUGCAAAAGAACAGUGGAAGUCAUUCAUUGAGCAGGGAUUUUUUGACGUGCUCUCGAAAUCGGACUCUCUCAUUCAGUCUUUCAGUUAUUGUGAUCAGCGAUUGUACGAUACUCAAACCAUGUGGUAUUUGAUGCUUCGCUUGACACGAGUUGCCCCAUCUCUGGUAUUUGACAGUCUGUGGAUAGCAGCAGCCGACCUCUUCAAUCCUCCGGAAUCGCUGGAAUCAAUUCAAGAUUGGUCAAAAGAAGAUCCAUCUUCAAGCUCUAGAAAAGCUUUGCCCAAUAAUGAGGCAGCGAGAUUGAUCAAUAUUUGCUUACAUGCUCUUGUUGCCGCUGCACCCCUCGUAGUUGACGCACGCCAAUUGGCGAACAUGUCUAGGAUUCGAUCUUUUGGUUUGGCGAUGCUGGGUAGAGAGACUUCUUCUCUCGAGCCGGUCAAAUUGUGCUUGCAAUAUGAGGAUGCCUUCACAAACGAUUUGGCUCUGCGACUCGCCCGUCGACUCUUUGCUUCCAUAUCCACUAGAAGAAGGUUCACAGAACUGAUGGAGUUGCAGAAUGAUGUACGAGCUGAUGGCAAGCGUGAGCCUGACGUUUUGGAAGGCGUGUUGGCAACAUUAAAGUUUCUUGAUAUCGGUACGAUUCCUGCACUGGACUUCCACAAUCAAGAGCGUGACUUGCAUGAAAAGAGAGUUCCAACUCUCCUUUUAGAUUGGGCUAGGACGGUGAUGCUUCAAGACUGGGACGGUUCUGCGGAAGUGCCUGCAGACGGGUCGUUUGGUGGCGCUCUGGCCAUGAUGGCUGCAAUUUGUACGAAGCCCAUCCUUCAUCGUGAAAGAUAUCAACUAACAUACUUUAGAUAAGCACAGGAAAUCUUUGCUUCUAGGAGAUAUACACUUCCGAACCGAGUACUUUGCAGAGAGGCUUGAUCCUGUCAGUAUGCCACUUGGGUGGCUAUCAUUCGAGACAAACAGACGGACUCUGCAUCUUCUCGAUUAUCCGUAUCUAUUUAAUCCCUCCACGCUAGUAACGUACUUCCGUGCAAUCAAUUACUCUCGGAUGAAUGAAGCAUACGAAUCCGGAAAAGCUACGACUGGUCUUGUACAUUCAAUGGCAUCUGAGAAUCAAUUAAUGACGGAUCAGAGUACUCGCUAUCGGCUGUUCGAACGCCUGCGGGUCGCUACCUCAAAAUUUCUGGUUCUGGAGAUAAGUCGUCGCAGCGUGUUGGUUGAUACCUUCAAUGCCAUCUGGAGACGAGAAGAACGCGAACUUAUGCGACCUUUGAAGGUUCGGUUGGGCGAGGGUGGUGGCGAAGAAGGUUUGGACUCCGGUGGUGUUCAACAGGAGUUCUUCCGCCUGGCUAUCGCUGAAGCGCUCAAUCCCGAUUAUGGAACCUUCACUAUUGACUCCCGAACCAAAAUGACCUGGUUCCAGCCAGGUUCACCAGAACCGCUUUGGAAAUCCCAAUUGAUUGGAACUAUAGUCUCAUUAGCUAUAUAUAAUGGGCUCACUCUUCCGGUCACAUUUCCAAAGGCCUUGUAUCGCAAACUCCUAGAUCACGAAGUAACUGAGCUACAUCAUAUUGAGGAUGGUUGGCCGGACUUGACAAAUGGCUUGACCUCGCUCUUGGAAUGGGACGAGAAAGACGGCUUGGUCGAAGAAAUAUUUGCUCGAACUUACGAAUUUAGCACUGAGCAGUUUGGCCAAGCAGUUAGUCGUGAGAUAGGAGAAUACACUCCAUGGCCGCAAUUCUCGGACCCACAGGCCUCCUCUGCGAAUCCGGAAGACGCCCCAAUGGUAACAAAUGAGAACCGCAACAAUUUUGUUAGUGAUUACAUUCGGUGGUUGACCGACGUUUCAAUAAAUCCUCAAUUUGAGGCCUUUAAAACUGGAUUCUUCACUUGCGUCGAUCGCCGCUCUCUUUCUCUCUUCGAUCCUGAUACUCUGCAAUCUGUUGUGGAAGGUAUACAAGAAAUCGACAUAUCCGAAAUGAGACGCGCGACACGUUAUAUCGGCUGGGAAGCUUCCCAUCGCACAGUGAGGGAUUUCUGGAGCAUCGUAAAGCGGUAUGAUCUCCCGACGAAAAAGAAGCUCCUAGAGUUUGUCACCGCGAGUGAUCGGGUGCCUGUGGGCGGGAUGCGAAAUUUGCAGUUCACACUCCAGCGCAACGGUAUUGAUGAUGUGCAUCUACCGACUACUUAUACUUGCUAUGGGAUCUUGUUACUCCCUGAAUAUAGCAGUAAAGAUGUACUAAGAGAGAAGUUGAAGAUGGCCUUGGAGAACUCGAAGGGAUUUGGGUUUGCUUGAUUGAAGCGAGUGUGGGAGUUUUUUGUAGCAUAGGGAGGCAUAUAAUGGCGUUUUCUCUCUCUCUCUCUCUUUCUCUCUUUUUUCUUCUGGUUGAAAAGGCUAUAUUAAGGAGGUGCGGUAGUGAUGUCCCGAGGAACGAAAUGGGUGUUCCGAGGUUGACUUUGCAUCUAGAUGGGGCUUUGCUGGCUUAGCGUUGGUCUUUUUUUAUUUACAGUUACGCGGUUAAUUAGGAAGGGAGGGAGGGGUUCUGGUUCAAAAGCUUCUUUUUUUUUUGGUGCAAACAUGAACAUUUCCAGGUCAUCUUUUUCACUUUUCUUUAUGUGUGACGCG